CCCUCAAACAGAGAAUCCCAAAAUGACAUCCAGAUUUCCAGAGAGAACAGCAGGAAAACCGCAGCGUUCACACAGACACACAGCCUUCAAGUUUUCCUGCUUACAAUCACUGCGGAUUACAUUGUCUACAGAUAUGAAGUCUAUAGUGAAGACGUUAGAGAUGUAUAUUGAAUAAAAGUCGCGCGCUGUUUCACACAACAGUUUCAUUUUGAGGUUUAAUUCCCGAUUUAAACUCCUCUGGAUCUUCAGCAGGAUUUCUGACUCUCAGCCGUCAUGUGCGAUUUAAUGCCAGCAGCUCAACCUCCCGAGAAAAUCGGCAAAAUGAAGAAAUUAAGAAGAACUUUGUCCGAGAGCUUCAGUCGCAUCGCUUUCAAGAAAGAGGACAGUGGCUUUGAUGAGAUAUGUGUCACAAAGAUGUCCACUCGCAGCUGCCAGGGAUCCGAUUCAGUCAUCAAACCCCUGGACACUAUCCCUGAAGAUAGGAAGGUACGAGUACAGAGGACACAGAGCGGCUUCGAUCCCUUCGAGAAACCGGCCAGUCAGGUCAAGAGAGUUCACUCGGAGAAUAAUGCCUGCAUCAACUCCAAAAGUUCAUCCGCUGGGAAAGAGUCUCCGAAACUCCGGCGUCACUCCAGCCCCAGUUCUCCAACAAGCCCAAAGUUCGGAAAGGCGGAUUCGUAUGAAAAGCUGGAGAAGCUCGGAGAGGGAUCAUAUGCUACUGUUUACAAAGGAAAGAGCAAGGUGAACGGGAAGUUGGUGGCAUUGAAGGUGAUUCGUCUACAAGAGGAGGAAGGAACUCCUUUCACUGCCAUCAGAGAGGCAUCUCUUCUGAAGGGUUUAAAACACGCAAACAUCGUUCUGCUUCAUGACAUCAUUCAUACUAAAGAGACACUGACGCUGGUCUUUGAGUAUGUGCACACAGAUUUGUGUCAAUACAUGGACAAACAUCCUGGAGGUCUCCAUCCAGACAAUGUUAGGCUCUUCCUUUUCCAAUUACUGCGAGGUCUGUCGUAUAUCCAUCAACGGUACAUCCUUCACAGAGACCUGAAACCGCAAAAUCUACUCAUCAGUGAGAUGGGGGAACUCAAACUGGCUGACUUUGGUCUGGCACGUGCGAAGUCUGUCCCCAGUCACACAUACUCCAAUGAAGUGGUUACUCUGUGGUACCGGCCACCAGAUGUUCUGCUCGGAUCCACCGACUAUUCUACGUGUCUGGAUAUGUGGGGUGUUGGGUGCAUUUUUGUGGAAAUGAUCCAGGGAGUCGCAGCGUUCCCAGGCAUGAAGGAUAUCCAGGAUCAGCUGGAGAGGAUAUUCCUGGUUUUGGGAACUCCCUCAGAGGACACGUGGCCAGGUGUUCAUAUGCUCCCACACUUCAAACCAGAUCGUUUUACUGUGUACAGCCCUAAAAAACUGAGGCAAGCCUGGAAUAAGUUGGGUUAUGUAGAUCAUGCAGAAGAGUUGGCGUCCGGAUUUCUCCAGUGCUUCCCAAAGAAGCGUCUCUCAGCCCAGGCAGCUCUUAACCAUGAAUACUUCAGCCAUUUGCCUCCACGACUCUGGGAACUGCCUGACAUGUCUUUGAUCUUCACCGUCCCGACCGUGAAGUUGCAGCCAGAAUCUGCAGACAGCACCCAGGUGUGCAGCAAGACCAACAGUCACGGCAAAAGCACGUCGGCCGGCAAGCACUGACCUGCAGGAGUCCAACCAGACGUCAUCCAGGUUGCUGCUGUGGCCCGUCAGAAAUGAAGAAGAUAAAGAUGAGAAUAAAAGAGGAACGACUCACAUUUUUAUUUAAAUGAUUUAAUUUCAGGUUAUUUUGUGGUACUGAGAGUCUGACGGGCCGAUGAGACCGCAUGCGUCCAGUCAAAUCUGAGUUUGAUCAUCUUUUUCUUUUGUUUCCACUGUUUUUCGGAGGAACGUUGCGUAACGUUCACACGUCGACUACGUGCAAACAUCAUUCGGUGAUGCUGAAGGAAGGACUUGAAUAAUACGAACUGUUUGUGUAUGUAGCUACCUAUGUACGAAUGUCUGUACAGUAAACUAUCUGUCUGUCGUAUAGAGAACAAACCAAAUCCCCUCCGGCUCGCGAUCGCACGCUAAAGAGACAUCUGCGCACACACGAGCGAUGUUUGAGAGCUAACAUUGAGCACUUCAUCUUCCACAUUCUGGGCUACGGUUCGGUCCAACUGUGCCCCCGAGAAACUCUUCAAUAACAUCACAAUAAUAAUACUAAUAAUAUUGAUAAUGGCACUGAUGAUGGUGGUUUUGAUGCUCUUUCAGUCUGAUGGUGCACAUUAAGUCGCUGCAGGGACGCCACUAAAGCAAUGAACACCAUCACUUAUCGACUGAGACAUCAUCGUCUCUGUCUGUGUGUCUCUUGUGUGUUCAGAUGUUGUGUUAAAAACAGGCAAUACGCUUGCACUGGUGCUAUUGUGCAUGAAGAGAAGAAACAGAAAUUUG